UUGGGGACGACCUGUGAAGCCUUUCUUGCUUGACUGACCUGUGCGCCAUGACGGAUUUUCUAGGACGAUUGCGGAGCCUGCUUUUCCUGCCCAGCACCGUCGCCAUCAUGUGCAGGUCCGACGAGAUGGGUCCAUGGUGGAAUGCGUGGCUCGCGAGCGCGACCGAGCCGGAGGGACCGGGCAUUCAGCAUGUGGCACUGACGGACCGCAGCCGCUGCCCCAUGAUCUCGUUCAUCAGGCAGAUCCGACAGGGCCAUCCCACUUUUCGGGUCUUGGACAUUGGCGCGGUGGGCAACCCUUGGAGCAUCCACAGCGGCGUGGUGGAUGCCAUCUUCGACUACCAGGCCACCAACUAUCCGCCCUGCUUCUCGACUGCGGAACUGCACACGCGCGGGAGAAGGUGUUGUUCGUCCAAAGAUGACGACUGCUUUGACAGCCUCUACACCCGUGAGCGAUGCUGUCGUGGAGAGGAGCCGGUGUUUGUUGCGAUGAUCGACGGAGAUGUCACUGAUGCGCUUGGUGAGGGCUGGGCGAAGCUUAUGGCUUUCGUGGACACGGUGGGGAAGUUCGACUUGGUCCUGACCUCGCAUCUCUUGGAAGAUGUCACCGAUCCUUCCGUGGUGGUGCGGCUGCUUCCUCGCGUGGCCACGGCCGGUUUGGUCAUGGUCCCGUCCAAGUAUGACGAGUUCGCGCGGGUCGACAUGGACUUGAACAGUUUGUCGGGUCUGUCUCGGAGAUACCGAGGGUCGCUGCAUCACCGCUGGAUUUUCACGGUGAAGGACAGCGAGUUGCUGGCAGUGCCGAAGCUGCCAUACCUGGAGCACGAUGAAAGCUUCUCCGGCUUGGACGGAUGCACAGACAGAGCUUCAGUUGGUCGGAUGGGAAAGAAUUGGAUCUUCCACUUGAAUGAUAGGUCGUAGUGUGGCUAAACAAAACGUGAAAGUUGGUUUCACCUCGGUAUUAGAGGACAAUUCAAUUUGUCCAUAUUUAUCCAUACAACGGAGGCUGGAGUCCUGGAGAUGUGUAUGAACCCUCCCCAAAGUAUUGAAACUCUGUGGUUCGCAGGCAAGCUGGAGUGAAAGCUUCCGCAAGUUCAUGGCCGAAUGUAUCUACCACCCCAGAUGACCGUUCUCUAAGAACCGAAGGCAGUUACCUGCAGAAGUACCUACGCCCUACACCUGGUGUUCAGGAUGGGCCGGGUUCUGCAAGGUCGAUCCAUUUGUCCCUCCCUGGUGCGGUCGUUUCGGCGAAAGGCUCGGAGUACGAAGUCUUCGUUGAAGCCGACUUGUGGUGGGACCAGAGUUGAACCGCAAGAUCAGAAUCACCAGCACAAAGCAGGCUAGAACUAAACUAGAACCAAAGUCACUGAUCAGUUCAAGCUUUCCGGGUUUGGCAGUGGCUUCUGUUUUUGGUGAACAUGUUUGUUUGCAGAUCUGGUCCUGAUAUAUAUAACAUUCGGGUUCCAGUUUGACUCGGGAAUGGAAUGUAGGUCGAAUAAUGACGUAGCUACUAGGGGCUCCUGGCAUCGCUACUAGGAACAAGAAGCUACUAGGGGCUCCUGGCCUUACUAGGAACAAGAAGGAGACAGACAUGUGGACGCUCAAUCAAUACCCCAGACGAUGUGGACGCUCAAGCGGGGCUGGAGUGCCGGCGCCUUCGGUGGAGUGCACCAGGAGGUACAUGCGUCCAACAAGUCAUUGGUUGAUAUGGCCCUUCUGUGGCGAAGCAAGCUACCGAUGAGGAUCAUCAAUAACGGUUACCUGGGCCCUUCUAUAGAAUUUGUUAUUCAGAUGAUUCGGAAUGCACUCAUCAAUGAUGAAAUAGAUCGAUUGAGAACCGCCAUGCAAUAAAA